AUGAACUGCUUUUUUGUUUCUUCCCUCCACUUUUCACUUACUUCCCUUUUCUCUUCUCCCAUCCCUAUCGUUAAUUCCCCCUCACUUUUCUCAUAUCACGCCUCACACCAUCUCUCUUCUGUCAAGGGUGGGGUAGAGAAGGCUUCUUUUUCCUCGUUGUCUUUUUCUUUUCUUUAUCUCUCUAUCUAUCCAUUUAUAUAUCUCAGUCUGUUUAUUCUAUGUAUCUAUCUAUCUCAGUCUGUUAUUUUCUGUCUAUCUAUAUAUUUAAUCUAUCUCAUUACAGUUUUUCUUUUUUCUUUCUUUAUCUCUCUCUCUCUCUCUCUCUAUGUAUCUACCUACCUAUCUCAGUCUGUUUAUUCAUCUAUCUAUUUCAAUUUUGGUUCUGCACCUAUGUUCAUCUACUCAUAUCACUCUCUCUCUUUCCAUCUACCUAUAUAUUGGUCUGUCUGUAUGUCUAUCUAUCUAUCUAUCUAUCUAUUAUUAGAAAAUUCUGUUCUUUCCUGGCAAGUUGACAUUCGGCCAAGUUUUGGAAUCUGUUUACAAAUUCUUUUUCUUUUUCAUUCUCCCAUGAUUUCUUCUCUUUUACCCUCUUUUUUUUCUCUCUCUCUCUUCUAUUUUUCGUUCUUUUUUUCUCUCUCUCUUCUAUUUUACCCUCUUUUUUCUCUCUCUCUUCUAUUUUACCCUCUUUUUUCUCUCUCUCUUCUAUUUUACCCUCUUUUUUCUCUCUCUCUUCUAUUUUUCUUUUCUCUCUCUCUUUCUUUUUCUUUUUCUUUCUCUCUUCCAUUUUUUUUUUCUCUCUUCUAUUUUACCCUCUUUUUUCUCUCUUUCUUUUUACCCUCUUUUUCUCUUCUUCUAUUUUUUUCUUUUUCUUUACUUUUUCUAUUUUUUUUCUUUCUUUUCUCACUUCCUAUUUUUUUCUUCUUUUUCCUCUUUUCUUUUUCUUCCAUUUUUAUUUAUUCUUUCUUUCUUUUUUCUUUCUUCUCUCACUUGCAUAUUUUUCUUUCCUUCAUCUUUGUUUUCUUUUCUCUUUUCUUUCUCUUUCUCUUCUUUCACUUCUUCAUUCUCACUUCCUUUUUUCUUUCUUUUCUUUUUUCUUUCUUUCUCCUCCUUCCUACCUUAAUGGAGGCUGACGAACAUGUGUUUUGGGAUGAGACCAUCUGGUCAAUGAGAGACAAGAGCAAAGACAGUGGGUUCAAAGACAAAGCUUAUUAUGGCAUGAAAGGCUUGAAACGCCAACCCAAUUCCUACAUUUUAGUAGGAAUUAUUGUGUGGAUUCUCAUUGGUUGUUCCAUCCAUUUUCUUCUUUUGAGCAAGGCACGAGAUUAUGCAAAGAAUGCUUACGAUAAACGAGAUAUAAAGUUUCAUAAUUUUUAUAUGGAACGUCGAGCAAAAGCUAAGCACGAGGUGAUGGAAUCAACAUAA